AUGAUCGAAUUUCCGCAUCAGACUUUAUAAUUGUUAAAGUAAUAAAUAUAUCCUUGUCUGGAAUAACUGAUAUGAGCUGCGUUCAGUCAAUUGUGAAUGCCUUGCAAAGACCUAAUAGUGUAAUUGUUUAUGAUGAAUAUGAUGAACCAAUGAUCAGCAUAGAAAAGAUUAAAAAAGUCGUUGAGGAUGCACUCCAUAUAAAUACCUCCUACUUACUGAAUUUUACAAUUAACAAUUUUUUUCGUAAAUUAGGAUUCUAG